UAAAACUGUCUGUCCGAGUAUUACUGCGGUGAAUGACUUUUAUAUGCAGCAUAUAUACUUUCCUUCACAUUUCCGUUUAAAUUGUGAUGUGCACAUGGAUCGCUGUCUUCCCAGCACAUCGCCUUCAGACGCCCGAGGACAAGGUUCAGACACCCCAACGCCUCAGCCGUAGGAACUAGGAUACACUUACAGCAGAUAUGAUGCGUGAAAAAUGGCGUCACCACCUAGAUUAUGUCGUCACUCUCCUCGGGUUUGGAAUCGGUUCGGGGUCUUUCGUGAAAUUCCCCUACCUGUGCAUGAGGAAUGGAGGAGGUGCAUUCUUAAUACCCUUCAUCCUGUUCACAUUCAUCGGUACUAUUCCUGUUGUGUUUGUGGAGAUGGUGAUUGGUCAGUUUUCCCAAAAAGGACCAGUCGAAGUUUGGAAUCUGUGCCCGCCAUUUAAAGGUAUAGGUGUUGGCACCGUUGUUGGGACUUGGAUUCAUGCAUCGUACUACAUUGUCAUCUUUACAUGGUUCGUGUACUACUUCUACGUGUCGUUCUCCAAUUCCCUACCUUGGGCUCACUGCGACAAUGACUGGAACACUCCCACCUGUAUCUCCCAGUAUGCUGAUGUCAACACAACGACAGGGCUCAACGUGACCGAUAACGGUACCAGCUACACCGUGGGCAACCAUUAUGCAGACAUCAAUGGCACAGUGGCUGGGAUGACAGCGGAGGAAGAGUUCUGGAGAUUUCAGGUUUUGCAGAUGACAGAUGGCCUAGAAACCAUAGGAAGUAUACGAGUGCCUCUGACUAUAAGCCUGGCUAUCAGUUGCACCGUUAUAUUUCUCUGUGUGUUUCGAGGAAUAAAAGUAACAGGAAAGCUUGUGUACGUGACGGUGGCCAUACCCUGCAUUCUUGUGACCGUCUUCCUCAUCCGGGGAUGUCUGUUGCCGGGAUCAGCAGAUGGAAUAUAUUUCUAUAUCGUUCCUAAACUUGAGACACUAACAAGACCUAAGGUAUGGAUUGAGGGGUGUAACUUCGCCCUGUACUCUCUUGGAAUAGCAAUGGGAUCAAUCGUCACAUUAUCAAGCCACAGUAGAUUUGGAAAUAACUGUUUCAGGGAUGCCAUAGUCGUCUGCAUUGGAGACAUGCUAGUUACAAUCCUCAUUGGGUUUGCCUUUUUUGCAAUCAUUGGUCAUGUUGGCUACCAGAGAGGGGUGCCUAUCGAAGCAUUUGAAUCGUCAGGAUUCAACCUUGCAUUUAUCGUUUUUCCACAAGUCCUGACUUACCUCCCAUUGCCGCAGUUGUGGUCGGCUUUGACCUUUCUUACGCUGAUCACCCUUGAACUGGAUACUCUGGUUCCACCCAUUGAGAACAUUGUGGUGGCUGUUAGAGAUCGCUUCCCACGAUUUUCCGAGCGACGCUGGCUUGUCAUCGGUAUCUUAUUGACGACCUACUUUCUCUUUGGUCUGAUCUAUGUUACCCAGGGCGGGAUAUACGUGCUGACACUGGUGGACUGGUUCUCCUACUUUCCAUCAAUUGCUCUCUUUGCUACCAUUGAAUGCAUUGUGGUAGGAUGGUGCUAUGGUACACAUAGAUUGGAGAAAGACAUCAAGACAAUGUGGGGAAAGACUACCCCUCGUGUGAUGAUGAUUGCCAUCAAGUUUGUGUGUCCAGUGUUGUUGCUGUCUGUGUUCUGCUACUCCCUGUAUUCCUACCGACCCCCCAAGUAUGGAGACUAUGACUACCCUCCAUGGGCCACAGGAGUCGGAUGGAUGGUGUCUCUGGCUUCAAUCCUGCCCUUCCCAGCUGUGUUCGUCUGGAAAGUAUGGAAUACAAAGGGAGACAAUCUGAAAGAGAAAUUGACAAAUUCAAUGGAACCGAGUAACGAAUGGCGCAAAGAGAAUUUGACUGAGGCCCCACAUAGUGAGGCCCUUCAACCCAUCACUUCAGUCGCGGACAAACACGAAGACGUGUGAAACGGAACCUCCCUUGAGCUGGCUAUAUUCUUGCUGUGCAACAGCUAGUAAUUAGGGUGUGUCCUAGUGAUGCUAUUUAGCUCUAACUCUACAUUCUUUCAAAAGGACAUCUGACCUUAGAGCUUAUCAGGCAGUAUGUAAACCUGUAACCAGUUCUUUCCCGAGGGAUAGGAAUGAUUAUAUCCAACGUUGGUCUAAUUGAAUGUAAACCUUUAUGCCUGGUCAAGGGAGUCCGUUCUAAUUUCCGCUCUCCCACUAACUGUUAAUGGUCCUACUUAUCUUUAUUUACUGGUCAAAUUGUUCCCUAGAUGAAACUGCAGGUCUACUUAAAUGUAUCGCAAAGGCGGUGUUUUCCUGUGGGAUAUAGAUAUUGCUUUGGGCAAAUGUUAAUAACAUUGGCAUACACAUAGCAUAUAGCCACUUGUCCAUUUACGAACUCAUCAGACACAUCACCAGAUAAUUCAAUGAGAAGAAGUUUAGUUAUAUGAUAAUAGCAAAGGUGAAAACAUUCGUUUUAGUUAAUGUUAAAGCUAUAUCAUUUCUCAUUGAUUCGCAUCCAUACCUUUGUGAACAUUUGAGCACCAACACUAAAUAAUACACCACCAUAGUACAUUCGACUACACCAUAUAACAGUACGACAGUGUGCAUAUAUUUCAAACUUGUACCAAAAUGAAACAGACCUUCAACAGGAAAGAUUUGACAGAACACUGCAUUAGGCUGUAACAUGCAUCAUGUAACACCUUAAAAAUAAUGAAAAUGAUGAAGCUUGUAAACAUAUGUUGCUUCAUUUUGUUUUCUUAAUAGUCGAACAUUACAGAGUGCCGAGCAGACACUGUGCAUAUGUAUAGGGAGACAAGAGAAGCACUUACUUCCUUUUGUAAUAGAUUAAAGAGAGCAUGUAAUCCGAAUGUUUCCAAAUUAUUAGCGCAAUUAGUCACAUGGCUGUUCAAUACAAUAUUUACACCGACAAAAAUAUCAUUUUGUUGUGGAAACAAAAGUAAACACAAAUAAAAGCUCAUUAUUCUGAAAUGACGUUAUCAUUUUAAUUAACAAUGACGGCACGUACCUGCUUAGGAUGAAUGCGUGAAAAGUGUUGCUGUGAUUCUUUAUAGGCUUCCGCAACGUUUCUGUCCAGUUUCAAGGCGUACCUAAUUAUGCAAGAAUAUUUACUCCUUUCUUUGUAAAAUGCAAGAGCUGCUUGUAUGUUAUUAUGUUUCAAUAUCUUGAGAUGACAUUAAAUAUCCAUAAUGAUUAUGUGUUCACAUUGUGCAUGAAAAGGGACAUUUUCUGUUGUUACGGGUUGAAACGCGAAGGUUAACCCAGGAAUCGUUGUGUGCAGAACUUUAUUGUGACCACUCAAGAUCAAUGAACAAUCAACAUUUUAUGUUGCAAUACACAGGAUUAGAUUUCCAAUCAUAACAGACAAUACAAUUGCUCAAAUAUGAAACAGCAGCAAUGCAUAAUAAGUCGAAUAACAAAAGUAUUUGUCACAAUGAAAGUCUUGAAUAAGGUACGUGAUCCGUUCUUGAAUCCAGCAAACCUGUCCUGUCCGUCGCACUUGGAAAAUAUAUGCGGUGAGGUAAAACAAGGGAGGCCUCGAAUCGCCCCCUUAUCUCGCUCUUACAUAAGUACAGUCAGUCUUCGAGAAACUUCUACCAAAUAACAUUAUUCAUAUAAGCGGAAUAAAUUAAUGAAGUUACCUUUCUUUCCUAUGUUGCCACAAAUCAACACCGUGAGAAUUCUUUCAGCCGUGCCAAUAUUAGCUGGUCAUGGGUGAGAAUCCAAUUCCUAAUUUAAAGUGGGUCGUCAGCACCAUUCUCGAUCUCGUAGGUUUACCUUACGUCGUAAACAUCUAAGACCUGCAUAUCUUGGGACUCAGGCUCCCUGAAAUCUGACAGGUUGUUAUAACCUAAACAUUUCUCAAAGCUUUGUGAAACUCAAUGCGAAUUGCAGUAUUUGUUUAAUUCUAUCUUAGAGGGUUUUUUUUCAAGUAAACGUGUGCCUCGUCCCACCUUAAGACAAAAAAAUUGAUGACACAACAUAUUUUUUAUAUCGUUCAAUAACAAUCAAAUAGCCAAUUUCCUUCCACUGAUUUUCC